CAAUUGCCAAUUGAUCCCUCCUCCCUCUCACCAAACUCUUCUCUGCUCGCUUCUUCUUCUGCAUUGAGGGGGAGGAGAGGUUGGGAGAGGCGGCUUUCCGGCGAUAUAGGGAAGGAGAGAUGCAAUCGGAGCCGAUGAAGACGUCACCACUGGAUCCGCUUUACACGAUGCUCGCCGGUAGGUUGGGUGGGGAGGAAACGGCGGUGCAGGACUCCAUUUCUGGGAAUCGAGAGCUUCUGGUGCUGCUGGCGACUUCAGUGGCGAUGCUCUUCGGCUGCGUAGCUUUGCUUCUAUGGCGCCGAUCGUCCGGUCAGAAGUCACAACAUGCCAAGGCCGAGUUACAGCGGCCGGCGGCUUGGAGGGAGGUCUCGGAGCCGGAGAUUGAUGACGGGAAGAAGAAGGUCACUGUCUUCUUCGGAACGCAAACCGGUACUGCCGAGGGAUUCGCGAAGUCGUUGGCGGAGGAAGCCAAGGCCCGGUACGAUAAAGCUAAGUUUAAAGUUGUUGAUCUGGACGAAUAUGCCGCUGAUGACGAUGAGUAUGAGGAGAAGAUGAAGAAGGAAACUCUAGUUUUGUUCUUCAUGGCAACGUAUGGAGAUGGAGAACCGACUGACAAUGCUGCAAGGUUUUAUAAAUGGUUUACUGAGGGUAAAGAGAGGGGCAUUUGGCUAGAUAAUCUUACAUACGCCAUAUUUGGGCUGGGCAAUAGGCAGUAUGAACACUUCAAUAAGGUAGCAAAGGUUGUGGAUGACAUCCUAGCUGAGCAAGGUGGUAAACGUCUUGUUCCAGUUGGCCUUGGAGAUGAUGAUCAAUGCAUUGAGGAUGAUUUCACCGCAUGGAAAGAACAGCUCUGGCCAGAGUUGGAUCAGCUGCUCCGUGACGAAGAUGAUAUAGCCGGCGGGACUUAUACUGUUGUAGUGCCUGAGUAUCGUGUUGAAUUCAUUGAUUUUGCAGAGGCAUCAUAUACAGAGAAGAGUUGGAAUCUUGCAAACGGUGGUGCUGUCUAUGACAUAAACCAUCCCUGCAGGGCAAAUGUGGCCCUAAAACGGGAACUUCAUACUCCAGCUUCUGAUCGUUCUUGCAUUCAUCUGGAGUUCGACAUAGCUGGCACUGGUCUUGUGUAUGAAACAGGAGAUCAUGUUGGUGUAUAUGCUGAAAAUUGUUUGGAGACUGUGGAGGAAGCAGAAAAGCUAUUAGGUUAUUCAUCAGAUACAUUCUUCUCCAUUCACGCUGACAAAGAAGAUGGGACACCACUCAGCGGUGGUGCUCUUGCUCCUCCAUUCCCUUCUCCUUGCACCUUGAGAACUGCACUGACUCGAUAUGCUGACCUUUUGAGUUCACCCAAAAAGGCUUCCUUAUCUGCUUUAGCUGCUCAUGCAUCUGACCCAAAUGAAGCCGAACGUUUAAGAUUUCUGGCUUCUCCUUCUGGAAAGGAUGAAUAUUCUCAGUGGGUAAUUGCUAGUCAUAGGAGCCUCUUGGAAGUUAUGGCUGAAUUUCCUUCAGCCAAGCCACCUCUUGGUGUUUUCUUCGCAGCAAUUGCUCCACGGCUGCAGCAUCGCUUUUAUUCAAUAUCAUCUUCUUCAAGGAUGUUUCCAACGAGAAUCCAUGUGACAUCUGCCGUCGUGUAUGGACCAACGCCUACAGGAAGGAUCCAUAAAGGAGUUUGUUCGACUUGGAUGAAGAAUUCAAUACCAUUGGAGGAAAGCGAAGAGUGUAGCUGGGCUCCUAUUUUUGUGCGGCAGUCAAAUUUUAAACUGCCUGCAGACAACUCUGUGCCAAUUAUCAUGAUUGGACCUGGAACAGGGUUGGCGCCAUUCAGGGGAUUCUUGCAGGAGCGGUUGGCGCUAAAAGAGUCUGGUGCUGUACUUGGGCCUGCUAUACUCUUCUUUGGAUGCAGGAAUCGGAAAAUGGAUUUCAUCUAUGAAGAUGAGCUGAAAAGUUUUGUUGAAGCUGGAGUGGUUUCUGAGUUUAUUGUAGCUUUCUCUCGAGAGGGAGCAACCAAGGAAUAUGUGCAGCAUAAAAUGGUCGAAAAGGCAUCUGAAAUUUGGGAUAUUAUCUCUAAUGGUGGUUACAUCUAUGUGUGUGGUGAUGCCAAAGGCAUGGCUAAAGAUGUCCACCGCACUAUUCAUAACAUAGUCCAGGAACAGGGUUCUCUAGAUAGCUCGAAGACUGAAAGCCUGGUGAAGAACCUGCAAAUGCAAGGAAGGUAUCUGAGAGAUGUCUGGUGAUCACUCUUGGGGUUUUAAAUACCUCACACGUAAGGUUGCUAUUGACCUGUGGCAGACUAAAGCACGCCAUUUUAUUGGUAAUUGAAGCUUUUUUUAUGCUCUUCCAAAUAUCCCUAAGGUCAUUUCUAUACAUACGAAACAAGUGGCACGAGAAGUUUCAUCUCACCAUCCACCAUUGCAAUUGCUUUCAGAACUAAUCUGCUGUUUCCAGAAGGCAAGUUUCUUCUAAUUAAAAGGCUUCAAAACUUGAAGCUCACUGAAAAAGAACAUCUGAAAUAUAUCGUCCCUCAAAUCGUGUAGCUGUAAUCUAAAUGUUAUCAGAAUUUAUAGCAAUAAUAUCUUUCAAUUUGUAUCUAACUAAAGCUUUGUUGAUUCUGGAGCUCACCUUACCUUAUCUCCAUCAUUUUCUUAUCACAAUAAUGCAAUCUGAAUCUGUGGACUGUUUAGGCACA